AUGAGUGGUGCUUUCAUGUCACACAAUGAGAGAAUAAAUGCAUUCCAAGAAUAUUUUGAAGAGUUACAUGACAAAAAUUCAUAUAUUCUUCAACAAACUUGUAUACCAACUUUUCUUGUUUACAUUUAUGGACCUUAUUUUGGCAUUGCAGGUGCAGUUAUGGGACAAAAAGUCACCAUUGACCCACUUGUAGAAGGGUCACUGAUUUUGAAACAUGGAAACAGGUUUUGGAUAGAUCAGAUAUCAAGAGUUUUCUGUGCAUUGCGAAAAGCCAAUAACCAUCUGGAUGAAUAUUAUAGUCAAAUUCCAAAAUUCCAAGUGAGUAAAGAAGUAACAAGACAAAAACACUUUCCUUUUCUAAGAAAUAUAAGACAAUUUCUGGAGAAUUUGUGA